UCAAAUAUCGAAAUUUUCCUAAACUACUUUGCACCAAAAUACAAAGGGAGGAGGAAGAAAUAGUAUUCUCAGCUCACAACAAAAUUAUGCAAGAUUGAUUUUGAGUGAAACAACCAGAGCUUUCAUGGUGUUUCUUGUCGGCUGCUGCUAAGAAAAUAAUGGCGUUUUCACCUGAGAAAUCAAAUUUCAGGUCACCAUUGAAAGGGCCGCCAUCUCCUAGCUGGAAUGAUUUGUUGCUCAAGAACAAGAAAGCACUCAAUCAUGUCCUUUUCACUAUGCAUCUUCAAUCAAGGUCUAAUAAGCAAACCCCAUCUUCAUCCCCUUCUCCAAAACUUCGCAAAUCCCUAGAUUUCACUCUUCCCUCACUUGUAUCCGAUCCAAUUUCUCUUCUUUCUGAUGAAAUACUUCUUUCCAUUCUCUCUAAACUCCCUGAUUCACAAAGAAAUUCUAAUUCUCUUGUAUCUAAACGCUGGCUUAAUCUCCAAGGUCGUCUCGUUCGGUCGAUUAAGCUUCUUGAUUGGGAUUUCCUUGUUUCGGGUCGGUUGUUUGUUCGGUUUCCCAAUCUUAUCCAUGUUGAUUUGGUUAAUGGGUCUCUGAUUUCACCGGGGAAUGCUGGUGUUUUUUGCUCUAACCGGUUGCUUUCUUCUCAUGUGGAUUGUAAUGCUGAUGCGAAAGAUUGGUUUCUUAAGGAACGAUUUGUGUUGCCUUCUGAUGAGAUUGAUAAUGGGUUGAGAAUACUUGCAGGUGGGUGUCCUAAUUUGCGUAGAUUGUUGGUGGUAAAUGCUAGUGAAUUGGGAUUGUUGGGGGUAGCUGAGGAAUGUCCAACUUUGCAAGUGCUGGAAUUGCACAGAUGUAAUGAUCAGGUUCUUCGUGGUAUCGCAGCCUGUCAGAACUUGCAGAUAUUGAGAUUGAUUGGAAAUAUUGAUGGGUUUUAUAAAUCUUCGGUUACUGAUAUUGGAUUGACUAUUUUAGCUCAGGGAUGUAAGAGAUUGGUGAAACUGGAGCUGAGUGGUUGUGAAGGGAGCUAUGAAGGGAUUAAGGCAAUAGCACAAUGUUGUCAAAUGCUCGAAGAGUUGAUUCUUCGUGAUCAUAGGAUGGAGGGUGGUUGGUUGUCUGCUCUUUCCUAUUGUGAAAAUUUGAACACCUUGAGGUUUAUGUCUUGUAAGAGUAUUGAUCAUUGUGGAUGGUUUGAUGAAGAUGUAGGAUCUUGCCCAACACUUGAAAGAUUACAUUUCGAGAAAUGCCAAUUAAGAAAUAAGGAGAGUUUGAGAACAUUGUUUCUACUAUGUCAAGAAGUUAGAGAGGUUACUUUCCACAACUGUUGGGGACUGGAUAAUGAAAUGUUCAGUCUAUCCACUGGUCUAAGGAGAGUGAAGUCUCUUUGCCUAGAAAGCUGUUCACUGCUCACAACUGAAGGCCUCGAAUCUGCACUCCUUUCGUGGAAGGAGAUCCAGAGCCUCAAGGUGAUAUCAUGUGGCAAUAUAAAGGAUAGUGAAAUCAGUCCAGCACUUUCUACCUUAUUCUCCAUGCUAAAAGAUUUUCGGUGGAGACCAGACACAAAAUCUCUUCUUUCAGCUGGUCUUGUGGGAACUGGCAUGCGAAAAAGAGGCAGGAAGUUAUUCAAGAAGACGUGCGACUGGAAGUCACUGCCUGGUGCAUAGACUGGCUUCCUCAUCAUGCAUUCAGACAAUAAAUUAUUCAAGAAGACGUGUGACUGGAAGUCACUGCCUGGUGUAUAGACUGGCUUUCUCAUCAUGCAUUCUGACAACUCUACUAGAUUUUACCUCCUCAUUUAUGCAUAUGAGAACUCUUAACACAUGAAAGAGGUCAGUGCGACACGUUGCUCAUUAUCCUGUAUUUGUAGUCGCUUAAGUAUGUAACGUAGGAACUGAAGGAUCGAAGAUCAGCACUUUCUCAGGGUAGAGAUAGAGAAAGAGGCCUAAGUUAAUGUAUAGAGCUCGAUGCUGUAACCUUAGGAGCAUUCAGCUAAAGCCAUCUUGCUGUAUCUUUGUCAAGCUUAAUGGUAUUUCUGUAUUGGAACCCCAAAAACUCUUGAAAGGGGUUUUCCUAUCUAUAAUGUUAUAAAGAAUUUUGGCACCUUUUAUGCCAUGA